CAUAAGUAUAUGCUUAAUUUGGUAUAUAUAGAUUUUUGAUUAAUUUAGUAAAUAAAAACAGACAUUUUUAGAGUUGAAAAUAAAUAUUUUGUUUCGAUAUUUGUGAUACAAGGAAAACAUUGUAAAAUUUUGUAAAAUGCCUAUCUCAUGUUCAAGGAAAUGCGGACAAAAUGCCAUUCUUAAAAGGCCUAAAACUGGGCAUGCUUUGUGUAAAGAAUGUUUUUUCUUUGCUUUUGAAAGUGAGAUUCAUAAUACAAUUAUACAAGGUAAAUUAUUUAGAUCUGGUGAUAAAGUUGCUAUUGGAGCAUCAGGAGGAAAGGAUUCUACAGUACUUGCAUAUGUUUUGAAAACUUUAAAUGAAAGAUACCAAUAUGGAAUUGAGCUUUUCCUCUUAUCUAUUGACGAAGGAAUAACUGGAUAUAGAGAUGAUAGUUUGAAAACUGUUCAGCAAAAUAAAGAUGACUAUGGACUGCCAUUAAAAAUAUUAUCCUAUAAAGAAUUAUAUGGAUGGACAAUGGAUGAAAUUGUUUCAGAAAUAGGAAGAAAAAAUAAUUGUACAUUCUGUGGUGUAUUUCGAAGACAAGCUUUAGAUAGAGGUGCAGCGCUAUUAGCAGUAGAUUGUAUUGCAACAGGUCAUAAUGCUGAUGACAUUGCAGAGACAGUUCUAAUGAAUAUCUUAAGAGGUGAUAUAGCAAGAUUACAAAGAUGUACUUCAAUCAUUACUGCAGGAGCAGAUUGCAUAAAACGAUGCAAACCACUUAAAUAUGCAUACGAGAAAGAGAUAGUCAUGUAUGCAUAUUUUAAACAGUUGGUAUAUUUUUCAACAGAAUGUGUAUUUGCACCAAAUGCAUACAGAGGACAUGCAAGAACAUUUCUUAAAGAUUUAGAGAAAAUUAGGCCUUCUUCUAUAUUAGAUAUCAUUCAUUCAGGAGAAACAUUACAAUUAAAAGAAAGUAUUAAAUUGCCAGAACGAAGAAAUUGUUCUCGUUGUGGAUUUGUAUCUAGCCAAGAAAUCUGCAAAGCAUGUAUUAUGUUAGAAGGUUUAAAUAGAGGACUUCCAAAGCUUGGUAUUGGAAAAUCUACUAAAGUUAAACGAAUAAUGGAUUCUAUUGCAAAUGAUGAAUGUAAAAAGAAUGAAAAAACUAAAUUAGAAAAUUUAGAAUUUUGA